UAUAGGUCAAGGCCUGAGGAGAGAUGUGUUUGCUUGCAGACCAGCACGUACCAGAAAAACACCAGAGAUAAUGAUGUCAUGGGAUUAUUUUCACAUUAUGCCCGUAUGAUGUGCGCAGGCCCAAGUGUCUCAUCCUGCAGACGCUCCGUGUUCCAGCGCCGGGAAUAAAGCUUGGUCAUCCACGUUUGGACUCAAAGUCUCGCAAUUGUCCGCUUUGGUUUUAUUUGCCCCCUCAAGGUGUUUAAUAUGAUGUUCAUUGCUGUCCUGAUGCGCGCUGGCUUUGGAUUAUUCAGCGUCGCUCUGAUCGCCUUUGUCCAGCAGCCAGCCGGCGCUUCUGCCAGCAGAAACCCGCAAGAUGUGGACGAGUGCGCCGAGGCCCUGGACAGCUGCAGUAUGGAUGCCAUCUGUCAGAACACCCUCAAGUCAUACAAAUGCAUCUGCAAAUCAGGAUACAAGGGCGACGGGAAACACUGUGAAGAUAUCGAUGAGUGUGCUAGUGAAUACAAUGGAGGAUGCGUUCACGAGUGCAUCAACAUUCCCGGAAACUACAGAUGCACGUGCUACGACGGCUUUCGCUUGGCCAACGACGGACACAACUGCCUGGAUGUGGACGAGUGCGCAGAAGGAAACGGUGGAUGCCAGCAGGUCUGCGUUAACAUGAUGGGGAGUUACGAGUGUCGGUGCCGUGACGGAUUUCUCCUGUCUGACAACCAGCACACCUGCAUCCAGAGACCCAAAGUGCGCUUUAAUGGAACUAAAGACGUGCCCACCUGCAUGGAUAAAAAUCACGGCUGUGCCCACAUUUGCCGAGAGACGCCCAAAGGAGGCAUCGCCUGUGAGUGCAGACCUGGAUUUCAGCUCACCAAGAACAACCGAGACUGUAAAUUGACCUGUAACUAUGGUAACGGUGGAUGUCAGCACAUCUGUGAGGAAAUGGACCACGGGCCCAGGUGUUCAUGUCACAUGAAGUUUGCGCUUCACUCUGAUGGAAAGACCUGUGUAGAGGAAAGAAGUACCCCACAUCAGCCACUGCAGCCAGAGCUGUUACCCAAUGAGACGUGUGCUGUUAAUAACGGAGGCUGUGACAGCACAUGUCAUGACGCCGUGACUGGAGUUCGCUGCAGCUGCCCGGUGGGAUUCACCUUACAGCCGGACCGCAAGACCUGCAAAGACAUUGACGAAUGCCGCAUGAACAACGGCGGGUGUGACCAUGUGUGCAGAAAUACGGUCGGCAGCUUUGAAUGCAGCUGCAAGAAAGGAUACAAACUUCUGACCAAUGAGAGGACGUGCCAAGAUAUCGAUGAAUGCUCAUUCGAUCGGGCGUGUGACCACACAUGUGUAAACUCACCAGGAAGUUUCCAGUGCUACUGCCACAAAGGUUAUGUCAUCUACGGCGUGGCUCACUGCGGAGAUAUUGACGAGUGCAGCAUUAAUCGGGGUGGCUGUAAAUUCGGAUGCGUGAACACUCUGGGCAGUUACGAGUGUACCUGCCCUCCUGGUUACAAACUGCACUGGAACAAAAAGGACUGUGUCGAGAUUGUGAAGUGUACGUCCAAUCUGGUGGCCCCCAAAGCCACCCUUACUUGCAAUAAGAUGGGGAAGAAAGAGAGCUGCUCUCUCACAUGUGCAUCCAAAGCACAUUACCUGUCAGAAUCAGACAACAGCUAUUCUGUUAGCUGUGGAAUACCCAUCCUGCGAGGCAAAUCUCAGAGCAGAUUGAACGCAAGCAGCAUCCAGAGCUGCGUAGAGACUCAGGCUCCUCCAGUCAAGCAGACGGCGUCCUUCCGGAUCAAGAACGCCAAAUGCCACCUGCACCCGAAGCAUAAGGGGAGGGCGGAGGACAACGGCAGACAGAUCGGGCCAGGUGGCCAACCGUGCAACCUCUGCAUGGUCACGUUCGUUAACCUGAAGUGUGACUCGUCUAAGAAAGCCAAAGGUCGUCGGGCACGUAACCCAUCGAACAAAGAGGUCACUCGCAUCACUCUGGAGCUGGAGGCUGAGGUCAAGCCAGGAGACGCCACUGGGAACUGUAACAUCAUGUGUCAAAGGCAGCGCAUAGAGCAGCAGAUGAAGUCGUACAUUAAAGCCCUGAAAAAAUCCAUCAACCAAGAGCGUUUCCUCAUCCGUGUGGCCGGAUUGGAGUACGAGGUGGCACAGAAGCUCCCACAGGCCGCAGUGAGGCAGGAGAACUGCGGACCGGGCAGAGAGAAAGACAGCGGCCGCUGUGUCAGAUGUUUGCCUGGGUCAUACUACCAUGGUGAGCAGGAACGCUGCGUCCAGUGCCCACCUGGAACAUUCCAGGAACGUGAAGGUCAGCUGGCCUGUGACCUUUGUCCUGGAGGAGACCGCCACGGCCCACCAGGGGCCCGCAACAUCACGUCAUGUGCAGGUCAAUGUCCACCAGGUUAUUUCUCCAGCGACGGGUUCAAGCCCUGUCAACCGUGCCCCUUGGGAGCAUACCAGCCCGACCCAGGACGAACACUCUGUUUCCCCUGUGGAGGAGGGCUUGGUACUAAAAGAGAGGGUGCCAGCUCCUUUAACGACUGUGAGGUCAAAGUGUUAUGUUCUCCAGGUCAUUAUUAUAACACAUCAGUUCACCGUUGCAUCCGCUGUCCUCAUGGAACAUACCAGGCUGAAUUCAGACAAAACUACUGCAUCUCCUGUCCAGGAAACACCACCACCGACUUUGAUGGGGCCAUCAGUGUGUCUCAGUGCAAGAAUCGGGAAUGCGGGGGUGAAAUAGGCGAGUUCAUCGGAUACAUCGAGUCCCCCAACUAUCCAGGAAACUACCCAGCCAAUGUAGAGUGUAUCUGGACGAUCAACCCUCCACACAAACGCAAGAUUCUGAUCGUGGUUCCGGAGAUCUUCCUCCCAUCUGAGGAUGAGUGCGGAGAUGUCCUAGUGAUGAGAAAGAAUGGGUCAGCGACCUCUAUCACCACCUAUGAAACAUGUCAGACGUAUGAGAGACCGAUCGCAUUUACGGCCCGAUCGCGCCGCCUCUGGAUCAACUUCAAAUCCAACGAUGUGAACAGUGCCCGUGGAUUCCAGAUUCCAUACGUCACUUACGAUGAAGACUAUGAGCAGCUGGUUGAGGACAUUGUAAGAGAUGGAAGACUUUAUGCCUCUGAAAACCAUCAAGAAAUACUCAAGGACAAAAAACUGAUUAAAACUCUGUUCGACGUGCUGGCUCACCCAAACAAUUACUACAAGUACUCAACCCGGGACUCCACGGAGAUGCUCCCGCGUUCGUUCAUACGCCUCAUCCACAGCAAAGUCUCCGCCUUCCUGCGUCCAUACAAAUAGUCCAAAAGCGCCAUCCGCCUCCACACACCUCCAGACACCUGGCCUCGAGUCAACGGGAUCCUACACACAUUUAAAGGAAAUACACACACUCACACACACACAAACACAACCACAACCACACUAUGCAGAUGUUUCAAUUUACCUUUUUCUGUUCUUUUUCUUAUCAGUCAUCUCCGAGGGGGGAAAAAAGCUUCUGUGUAGUCUACAUGUAACGCAGUCGUAAUCGAGCCAAACUGAAGUGUUUCCUUUCUUUGCGUGUCGGUCACCAUUCUGUGAUGUGUCGAUGUUUUUAUUUUGUUUGGUCGUUUGCACGCUCAGUCCUGAGGCGUCCCGUAGAGGGCGACGACGGUUUGGGUGGUUUCCACGCCAUCCCGUUAGGAGCGACGUGUGAGUUUUAAGCACGUCCGAUUGUGUUGUACAGACAAACAAACGUUGUAGCAUGUCAAAGAAAAGAAAAUCUAUUUGUCGAACUGGAGCUAGCUGUGAUCGUGCUUUAAAAAAAUAGGCUUUUCCCCCAAGUUCCAGCUCUCGUAAACUCGUAGUUCUCAAAAUAAACGUACAAUCUUUUGUAUAUCUGUACUUUUAGUGUGCUCUUGGUAAGAUCUAAUUCAUAUCAAGCUUUUCACAAUGUUAAAGCAUUAUAUUUGAGCUCCUAGAGCAUACAUGUAAUCUCUAAAGGUCAUGCUGUUAAAACAGUAAUGUUUUAUUAAGGUCUGCCUGUUCGGAUUGUAUUAUUGUCAACUGCAUAUUCGUCUAUUUCCUAAUAUUCAAGUUAAUUUAACAAGGCGUAAGAGAUACGUGGGUUAUCGGAAAGGCUCGGGUGAUGAAAGGGUCGGUUGGUAUUGUAAAAACAGUGGACUGUUAACACUCAGUUCUGUGAGAGUUUUUUGCAGGACAUGCAAUUGCUGCUUCUUCAGAAACGUCACUUUAAGGCUUCGGUUUGACCUAAUGCGAAUACAGAGAAGAGCAGUCGAGGGGCCGAACUCUUUCACAGGUCGGAAGUAAUGUUUUCAUAAUGCAGACACGAAUCACUGAUAAACAUAAACCACAGGUCGGAUGGACUUGAGUAAAAAAGAAAAAAAAAAAAAAAAACACGGCAUCGCUCCACAUAACGACCGUUUUGAGAUUGUUUUGCACAUUACACAAGGACCCAAAGAGAAGCAGCGUUCGGGUUACAGGUGUUGGGUUUCACCGGACCUGAAGUGCAAAAGUGUCAGGAUAAACCUGUGGAUGUCGACAUUUAUGAGUGUUUCCUGUAUUAAUUAUGAACCCGUUAGUAUUCCUCACAAAUGUGUUUAUAGGUAAAGCCCUUCACAUAAAGUGAGAAAAGAGCCAAACUUUGAGAAGUUCAAACCAUACCCAGUUUUGAUAUGUAAACAAACAAGGACUGGUCAAAAUGGUAGUUUACUGUUCUCUCUCUUUUUUUUGUAUAUUGUAAAUAUGAAAUAAACAUAGACUAAUUGGAGUCUGAGAAAUAAGUCCAAACGCAAGUUGUUUUUCCCAACCUUGUAUUUAGAAAUUCACUGUUGUGCUAUCCUCAUGUCCAAAGGCUGAUGCAAAAAAGGUUGUAUUCAAACUUUAAACAUGAAUGCCAGAUUCAUACUCUACGCAAGUAUGCAAACACUUGAUCCCAGGUAUAUGGGUCAUUCUACAGAAUUGGUGCAAACUGCUGUCCCACAACAAAAAAACAUUUAAGUAUUCAAAUCAUAAAUGUUUACUAAGAUCCUUUUAUUAUCUGUUGAAACCCACAAUAAUAUUUAAAAUAUCAGUAUGCUUAUAUAUAUAUAUAAAAAUCAUCAUUUAGAGGGUACUUGCAAUUGGGAGGUGGCUGUCCCGAACCCUAACCCUUAAAUUUCCAGUAAUGAAAAUACUGAAAUAAUGUUUUCAUUUUAUUCCAGUGUUGUUUUUAAAAAUAUCCUUUUUGAUUUUUUUAAAAAGUGGAGUUCAACAUUUAUUUUAUAUUUUCUUUGUAAAUUAUGAAACUUCGGUAGUGACAUAAGUGAAUGUUUUAGUCCAUUGGCUGAGACUGAUUUUAACUACACCCCUUCAUUUAUGAUCAGGAAAUAUUUGUGUGUCCCUCUCUCUCAUAGCUACAUGGUGAGUAGAUAGGCCCAAUGAUAACGUUUCGGUAGUGACAUCUUUGUUUUUCCUGAGUGUUAUCCCAUAAAAUUGUCACUACCGUAACAGUCACGACCUAAACAUUUGGUGAAGUUUUGAUAGUGACAUCUUUGGGUUUUUUUGGGGGGGGUUUAUCCCAUAAAAUUGUCACUACCACAACAGUAACGACCAAAACAUUUGGUAAAGUUUCGGUAGUGACAUCUUUGUUUUUUUUUUUUUGAACGUUAUCCCAUAAAAUUGUCACUACCAAAACAGUCAUAACCAAAACAUUUUGUGAAGUUUUGAUAGUGACAUCUUUGGGUUUUUUGGGGGGUUUUAUCCCAUAAAAUUGUCAGUACCAUAACAGUAACAACCAAAACUUGUCAUCAUUUUGGUAGUGAUAAAAGGGAACACACAAUCCUUUUGUACAGUUAAGCAAAAUUUUUGUGUAUGUGGGUUAAAAAUUCUGUAAUGUGGUGUGGUCGCUACUAAAACAUUAUUGUCACUGCCGAAAAUGUGCUGUCACUACUUGGGAUGUUUUGUCAAAAAUAACAUAUGCUGAAUAAUGAACCAAGAUGUUAUGAUAGUGUUUUGUUCAAUAUAUAUUCAAACUAAUGAAUCUAUAAUCUGAAAUCAGUAUGAUCAACUUUUUGCCUUUUUCAAAGAAAAAUUGGAUUUAUAACACAACAUAAUCUCAUAAAUCACACUUGAAAUAUUGUUAACAUUUAUUGAUUUACUUCUGAAAACUUUUUAAUAAAAUAGAAAAAAAAUAUUUACAAGGAAGAUGUAAGCAAAAUCUUAACAGAUCAAUAUAACUCUUAUUAAAUUAUAUUACUGUAUUUCAGUAGUGACAAAUUUGGGGAAAGGACAAAUAUUCCAAAACUUUCUGAAAAUAUAAUAUGAGAAUUAACUGCACAAUUAGUGCAGUAUUAUGUACGUUAGAUAUAAUACAAUUUGCAUACAUAAAAAAAAAAAUUCCAAAAUGUUUCCAACUUUGAAUCAAUUCUGUAGAAUGGCCCAUAAACAUUGACUUACACAAGACAUUUAUGCUACAUGCACAUUUCAGAAUGUAGUGAUGGAUGAAAUUACUAGAAAUGUUUGCAUUUAUGUACUUGCGUAUUUCUAAACUGGCUUUAAAAAAAAAAAAAAAAGACAAUUUUGUGAUGUUGACUUAGCUGGCUCCACAUUGGGUCAAAUGCAUUUUUUCAUAACCUUUGACCAACCCUCUUUUAAUCAGUCUACAGACACACAUGGUUGUCCCACCCAAAGUGUGUUAAUUUACAGAAAAUCUAACCCUCAAGACUGUAUCAUAAAAUCAAGAACUAAAGAGAACAGAAUGUGUGUGAUAUUUGCAAGGGUUAUUUUAUGAAGCAGUUAUUGACAUUUUAGGUAUUUUGUACAUUUGUCAUCUAUUACAAGGGUCACUAAUAUAAUUGUUUAAAUGUAUAAAUAUGAUAGUAUAAAAGCAAAAAGAAAAAUGAAAAAGAAAAAAAAAACAGCUUGGGUUAAUCCAAGAAAGAAGUGAAAUGUCAAUAUUGCCCCGCUCGCAGAGACCAAACUCAAGUUCAAGUCGCUGUCUACUACUAAACAUGUCAUGUCCUGUGUUGCAGUACUGCAGGUUGGAUAUCUCCAUAAAAACAAAAGGAUGGGUCAUAUGUGAAAUAGCCACGAUUGCCAUGAAAUCAAAAGUUUGUGGCCAAAGUAGUCAAUAUUUUGUUGAAUGUUCACUAAAAGAAUUGCAGAGUAUUAGCUACUCUAACUAGUCAAUGUCAUUGGCGGUCUGUGACUGCUGCUUUAUUUUUUAUAAUUUCCCCUUUGUCUUUGCGCUACCAAACCCAUUUCAAACAAUGUUAAAUGUUUUGAUCAAUCCAUGUUGCUGUUUUAAUCUGUUUGUUUUUGUUGUCUUUUCCCCAUUUUUCUGUUUCAAUUUUUUUUUUUUUUACUUUGCCACAAUGUUUCAUGGAAUGGGAAAUGGUAUUUGCACUUGAAAUUUGUUUAUGCUCAUGUAAAAAUGUCUGGAUUUUGUAUUGUCUUUUUAAAUGAAAGAAAUUGGUGUUCUUAAA